CUCCCUCUCUUCUAUCCUCACUUCCAUCCUACACACCGGGCUCUUGACCAUUUCUACACAUCACAAUGCCUUUUGCCCUUAGACGGCCUGAAGGCGAGGUCGGUGCCGUUUGGCCCGCCAUCGCUGUCGGUGCAUUCGUUGCUUUCGGUGGUGUUCUCUACGGAUAUGAUACGGGAACUAUUUCAGAUAUCUUGGCCAUGGACUACUGGUUGAGACUGUUCGCCACUCACACCGACGCUACUGGUGCACCCGUCAUCACCGCCAAUCAGUCAUCCGAGAUUGUCUCACUUCUGUCCGUCGGUACAUUCUUCGGUGCUCUCUUCGCCGCUCCCACUGGUGAUAUGCUUGGUCGUAAGCUCGGUCUGAUGGCCUGGCUCGUGGUCUUCAGUGUGGGAGUUAUUCUCCAGACCGCCGCUACCGCUAUUCCUCUUUUCGUCGCUGGUCGUACCAUCGCCGGUCUUGGUGUUGGUGGUAUCUCAGCCCUGAUUCCUCUUUACCAAUCCGAGACUGCACCCAAGUGGAUCCGUGGUACUAUCGUUGGUGCUUAUCAACUCGCAAUUACUAUCGGUCUCCUCCUCGCCUCAAUCGUUGGUAACGCUACCAAGAACCGUCAAGACUCUGGAUCAUACCGCAUUCCCAUCGCUGUUCAAUUUGCUUGGGCUCUCAUCCUGUUUGGUGGUCUCUGCGUUCUGCCAGAAACCCCCAGAUUCUACAUCAAGAAGAACAAGCAUGAGCAAGCUGCUCGUUCUCUCUCCAGACUCAGACGUCUUCCAGUCGAUCACCCUUCGGUUGAGGCUGAGUUGGCCGAAAUCACAGCCAACCACGAAUACGAAAUGUCUCUCGGAAAGGCCAGCUACAUUGACUGCUUCAAGGGCAACCUCGGCAAGCGUCUUGCUACCGGUUGUGGUCUUCAGGCUCUCCAACAGCUGACUGGUGUCAACUUCAUCUUCUACUACGGAACUCCCUUCUUCCAGAACUCUGGUAUCGGUAACGGUUUCACCAUCAGUUUGAUCACCUCCUGCAUCAACGUCGCCUCUACCUUCCCUGGCUUGUACUUGGUCGAGAAGUGGGGUAGAAGAAAGCUCUUGCUCUUCGGUGCCUUCGGUAUGGCUAUCUGUCAACUGAUUGUUGCUGGUGUUGGUCUGCUCCCUACCGACAACCAGCCCGCCCAGAAGGCUCUUGUGGCUUUUGUGUGCAUCUACAUCUUUUUCUUCGCUUCCACGUGGGGCCCAUGCGCAUGGGUAGUCACAGGCGAACUGUUUCCUCUGAAAGUUCGUGCUAAGUCGCUGUCGAUGACCACCGCCUCCAACUGGCUGCUCAACUGGGCUAUUGCCUACUCGACCCCUUACAUGGUCAACGCUAUUCACACCAACGUCUUCUGGAUUUGGGCUGGUUUCUGCUGUCUUUGCACCGUCUUCGUAUACACAAUGAUCUACGAGACCAAGGGACUUUCCCUGGAACAGGUCGACGAGCUCUACGGAAAGGUCUCCCAAGCCUGGAAGUCCGAGGGCUUCGUUCCCACCGUUUCCUUCCAGGAAGUCCAGGAUGUUACUGGUGGUGCUUCUCGCAACCAGUCUCUUGCCGACAUCGAGGCGAAUGCCAUGCGCAAGAAGAGUGUUACUCACCAAGAGAGCAUCAUGGCUGAGAAGCUCUAAGCUUGCACCCAUUCCAGCCCCUAUCUUCCUUUAAUAUUGUCACGACAUGUACGAACGCAUCUGGCG